ACAAUAUUAUCCGCAGUGUCUUUGUUAGCUCUGUAUUUUCUUCGGGAACCUUUCUUUUAUUCUUCUCUUCCUUCGCCUUCGCCUCUCUCAUCCUCUUUCUUUCCCAAAACCCCUCUUCCCCUCCAUUCAACUCCAGGGUUAGGGUUUUGCCUCUCUCUCUCUCUCUCUCUCUCUCUUCUUCGGAUCUCUCUCUAGGGUUUCCUUUCCUUCGGAGGUUAUUCCAUUCUUUGGAUCUCGAUCUACUUCGUUCUGUUACUGUCAUGGAUGUCCGUAAGCGAGGAAGGCUUGAAGCCACCGUCAACGUUAACGGUUCCUUUAAGAAGAACAAACAAGAAAUGGACUUGUUAUCAAGUGGUGUAGGAAGCAAAUCGAAGCCUUGUACCAAGUUUUUCAGCAUUGCUGGUUGCCCAUUUGGUGAGGGCUGUCACUUUUUGCAUUAUGUUCCCGGUGGCUAUAAUGCUGUUGCCCAGAUGAUGAAUCUAAAAUCUUCUGCUGCACCUCAAUUAUCCAGAAAUGUUGUCGCACCGCCCCCAGUCGCUAACAAUGGUUCUGCACCUUCUGCUGUUAAAAGCCGCAUAUGUAACAAGUUUAAUUCUGCUGAAGGCUGCAAAUUUGGUGACAAGUGCCAUUUUGCCCAUGGGGAAUGGGAACUUGGCAAACCUUUUGCUCCAUCAAUCGAUGAUCACCACCGUCCUAUGGCACCUAUAACAGUUGGUCGUGUGCCUGGUCGAAUUGAGGCUCCUUCAGGUCUGGCUGCUACUACUAGCUUUGGUGUUAAUUCCACCGCCAAGAUCAGUGUAGAAGCUUCAUUGGCUGGAGCUAUCAUUGGAAAGGGUGGCGUGCACUCAAAGCAGAUCUGUCGCCAAACAGGAGUAAAAUUUUCAAUUCGAGACCAUGAAUCUGAUCCAAAUCUUAGAAACAUUGAACUUGAGGGAACAUUUGAUCAAAUUGCACAAGCAAGUAACAUGGUAAAAGAUUUACUUUUAACUCUAUCUGCGUCUGCGCCACCUAAAUCCAACUCAGGCGUUCCUGGCAGCGGCCCACCCCCACCCGGAAGAAACAUCAAGACCAAGCUGUGUGAGAAUUUUGCUAAAGGAUCUUGUACAUUUGGAGAAAGAUGUCACUUUGCACAUGGAGCUUCUGAAUUGCGCAAGCUAGGAAUCUAAAAUUCACCUGGGCAGGUGUUUUUUUUUUCUUCUUUUUUAUUAGCCAGGGCUAUUUUAUUAUUGUUAUUAUUAUUGUGCAUUGCUACCUCUAGUGGUACAAACAUGACUUCUCAUGUCAUAGUUUUGGCGUUGUAUGUUUAUUUUCAAAGAGACUUAUUGGGGUUGCAAAAGAGUAUACUUUUCUUUUGUUGCCAUAUUUUUUCCUU